AUGAACGGCAUCGCCGCCGAGACGUCCCUCGCGUCUCUCGACUCGGUCGACUACGACCCCAUCCAACACCUCAAUCGCCUAUUUGCCCACCCUUCGACCGUUUCCUCGGUCGGCCGCGUCUCCUCGACCCUGCACGCCCAGCACAAUGGCCUCUCGGCUGACAUCGCCCGCGCCGAGGCCGACCAGGCGUACGGCUCCGACUCGUCCCUCGAGCGCAUGCAGUCCGCCCAGGCCGAGCUCGCGGGCCUCUUCCGCAACAUCGAGAGCGUCCGCGCCCGGGCAAUCGAGACGGAGCACAACAUCACGUCGAUGACGGCUGACAUCAAGCGCCUCGAUGCUACCAAGCGCAACCUUACCCUCUCUAUGACCGCCCUCAAGCGCCUCCAGAUGCUCACCACAGCCUACGACCAGCUCCGCGGCCUCGCCCGCUCCCGCCAGUACCGCGAGUGUGCCAGCCUCCUCCAGGCCGUCCUCCAGCUCAUGCGCCACUUCAACAGCUACCGCAGCAUCGACCAGAUCGCCACCCUCAGCCGCGGCGUGUCCGAGCUCCAGCGCGAGCUGCUCGAGCAGGUCUGCGAGGACUUUGAGAUGGCGUUUGCCAAGGGCGAGGUCGGCCAGCGCCGGCAGACGCUCGUCGAGGCGUGCAACGUCAUGGACGCCCUCGGGGACAACGCCAAGUCCCGCAUCGUCACCUGGUACAUCAACACGGAGCUGCGCGAGUACCGGCAGGUAUUCCGGGGCAACGACGAGGCGGGCAGCCUGGACAAUAUUGGCCGGCGGUAUGCCUGGUUCAAGCGCAUGAUGAAGGGCCACGACGAGGAGCACGCCGCCAUAUUCCCGCAGCACUGGCGGGUGGGCGAGACGCUGGCCAUGGCGUUCUGCGACGGCACCCGCGACGACUACAAGGGAAUCCUGGAGAGGAGCAUGCGGCGGGUCGACGGCGCCCGGAUCGACGUCAACCUGCUCCUCCGCUGCCUGCAGGAGACGCUCGACUUUGAGCAGACGAUCGAGCGGCGGUUCUCCAGCGAGCCCCGCGCCAGCAUCGACACCGUCAGCUCGGCGGACGAGAACCGGCAGCGCUUCAACGGGUCCAUCUCGGUCGCGUUUGAGCCGUACCUCAGCCUGUGGGUCGAGUCGCAGGACAAGGCGCUGGCUGCCAUGAUCCCCAAGUACAAGGCACAGCCGCUGCUGCCGGCCGACGAGGAGUUCUCGCCGCAGUCGGUCAUCAGCUCUGCGAUCGAGCUGUUCCACUUCUACAAGCUGACGCUGUCCCAGUGCGCCAAGCUCUCCACGAGCGAGCGCCUGCUGGACCUGGCCAAGACGCUUGCAAAGUAUCUCGACGACUACGCACAGCAGGUGCUGCUAGGCACAUUGCAGAAACACACGCAAGGCGGGCCGUCGCUCCAGGACAUCAUCCUCGUGCUCAACACGGCGGACUUCUGGCACACCAACGCGGGCCAGCUAGAGGAGAACAUCAAGAAGCGCAUCGACCACGAGCUGGUCAGCAAGGUAGACCUGUCGUCACAGGCCGACGCAUUCAUGGGCGUGGCCAGUGCCGCCGUGAUCGCGCUGGUCGGCAAGGUCGGCGCCGACUGCGACGGCGCCUGGCGCGAGAUGCGCAACACCAACUGGUCCAAGAUGGACGCCGCGGGCGACCAGAGCUCGUACAUUGGGGAGCUCGUCAAGCACGUCAAUGGCAAGGCCGAAGAGAUCCUCGGCAUGGUCGCGAAGCAGCAGUACGCGCGCGCGUUUGCGGACAACCUCGUCGAGCACCUCGCAACCGCGUACCUCGCCAACAUUGUGCAGUGCAGGCCCAUCUCCGAGGUCGGCGCCGAGCAGAUGCUGCUGGACAAGUACGUCCUCACCAAGAGCCUGACGAACCUGCUGUCCUACCACAACGCGUCCUCCUCGUCCUCGUCCGCGACCACGGCCAGCGCGCCAUACCAGCCGCCCGCGAGCUUCGCGAAGCGCACGAGCGCGACCAUGGGCCGCAUGGACCCGCUCCUGCAGACCCUGCUCGUGCGCGCGGCCCCUCACGAGGGGUUCGUGACAGCGUACCUCGACUUCAUCGGCGACCGGUCCGACACCAACUUCAAAAAGAUCCUCGACCUCAAGGGCGUGCGCAAGCAGGACCAGAUGUACCUGCUCGACACGUUCAGCCACCUGCGCGACGGGCCCAGCGUCAAGGACAAGCUCGUGCCCGCGAACGCGCUGCUCACACCCCUGAUGAACGGGCCCGGCGUUGGCGGUGGCGGCAUCGGCGGUAGUAGCAGCGGCGGUAUGGGCGGCGGCGGCGCGUCGCUCGGCUCGUCGGCCGCGCGGUUCGACCCCACGGCUUUCGGGGAGAAGCUGCUCAACGCGGCGAGGGAGGGCGUGGACCGCAUCGGCACGCCGAUGGGCGGCGACGGCGGCGGCAGCUCCGCGGCUGGGGGGAUAGGUGGUGGUGGUGGUGUAGGCGGUGCGGGAGGAAGUAUCGUGCCGGGAGGGAGCAAUGCCGCUAUCAACGAGAAUCUGCGCAAGAUGGGCGACUUCUUCAGGCGGGAUAAUUUCGGGCUCGGGGCGCGGUUUGGGAAGAAGGAUGGUGAUUAAUAAAGGGUGUGGACACAACGCGAGUGUGUCUGUCCCAGGACCAGAUUUUACUGCGGGAGUCACCAAGAUCAAGAGAAAAGAAAGAGAGAAAUCGCCUUGGGACCGCUCUAUCUCGUGCCAGUAUCUGA